CUGCAAAACACAAUAUUAUAUAUGACGUAAAUGCGCGUAUUACAGACGUCCAUAUUUUUCCGCCCCGCGAUAUAAUAACGUAUAAAUUAUUAUCGUUUCGCAUUCGAUCACGUAUAUCCACGUUCGUGGAUUCCGUGGACUCGUCGCUCUCUCGCUAUCGACCUAUUAUACCUAUAGCCUGUUACGUUUUUUCAUCUAUCCGCCGAACCGGAAUAGUGCUGCACUGCUGCAGAUCAUCAUGGAAAAAUCGAUAAUUUCUAUUUUGGCAGUCAGUCUAUCGAUUCAGUUGAUGCGUGAAUACUGUAGUGGCGACUGCUGCAAGUACGUGGCUGUAGGAGUUUGUGCAUCAUUGGGAUUGUGGUACGGUUACCGCUUUUUGAUCAGACCAUUGGACAUACAAAGGAAAUUGGCUGAUGUGGGUUACAAACAGCAUUUCACACAAAAUCAGUGGGCGUCAAAAGAUAAGUUACACUUAAUACGAUCCAUGAUGAGGCUAAGGAAAAAAGGAGCAUUACCACCAGUUUAUCCAAAUGGAUGGUUUGCGCUCCUGGACUCAGAUCAAGUCAACGUCAAUCAAGUUAAAUACGUGACGGCUUUAGGAGAAAAUUUUGCAGUGUUUCGUGCGUCCAACGGCGACGUUAACAUACUAAACGCUUACUGUCCUCAUUUGGGUGCUAAUAUGGCUAUUGGAGGAAUAGUUAAAGGAAACUGUCUCCAGUGUCCGUUUCAUGGAUGGGCAUUUGACGGUACCAGUGGGAAGUGUGUCCGAAUACCGAACGAUUGCAGUUCGAAUGGACUGUUGCGGAAGACGGCGUCGGUGAAGAGAUGGGAGAGUUGUGAAGCCAACGGAUUCGUGUUCGUGUGGUACCACGCGGAGAACGAGGCGCCGUCGUGGCGUCCGGCCGCAGACGUCCAGCUGACCGGCCGGGGAUGGACGUACCGCGGCCGCAGCGAGCACUACGUGAACGCGCACAUCCAAGACAUCCCGGAAAACGGGGCGGAUGUGGCCCACCUUCCGGCAUUGCACGGCCACAUGGCGCUGGGCGGCCAGUACGCCGCGCAGGCCGACCGGUCGCCGUGGAGGUGGCUCGGCGUCCACGAGUGGACGGCCGCUUGGCGAGCGGACGGCACGCGCGGCAGUCACGUGUCCGCGCUCGACCUGCAGCAUAGGCUACUGAUGUUUGGAAAGUUUGCGGUUUUCAAUCUGAACGUGGAAGCGCAACAAAUAGGUCCUGGAUUAGUGAUUUUAAAUUUUAAAACCAGUUUUGGGCCCAUAAAAUUGAUCCAAGUUGUCACACCUGUUGAGCCAUUGAUUCAAAAAGUUGUUCAUCGAAUCUACUGUCCAACGUAUUUAUCACUGUAUGCUACAAUAGUUUUAUUUAUGGAAGCUGUAAUGUUUGAAAGAGAUGUAGUUAUUUGGAAUCACAAGAGUUAUGUAGAAAAGCCUUUAGCUUCAAAACAAGAAGCAACAUUAUUGGCACAUAGAAAAUGGUACAAACAAUUUUAUAGUGCUAAUAGCAAGCAAUUUAGCAACAGAAAAGAAACAAUAGAUUGGUGAAUAAAUAUAUUAUAAAUUAUAAUUAUACAUGGCUGAAAAGUAUUACUAAAUAUAUAUAAAAUGACAAUGUUAAUUUUUAUUUUAAGGAUUUUUGUCAAUUAAAAAAAAAAAAAAAACAUUCAACUGAAAAUUGAUUAAAUAAUGUGUAAUUAUAAACAUCAUUUAUCGCUUAAUUGGUUGUGUUUCCUUUUUAAGCCAUGUUAAUGCUCUCUGAUCAUUUAAUUUUUCUAAUAACGGUGUCA